UGCAAGGCGCACUCGAGCGAAGAAUCAAAGGAGCAAAGGCUGUUUUAUUAGAAUUCUAAAUGGCGCGCUACUCACUAUGCGCGUGGAGCCUCGCAGCGGCGCUCGUUGUCGGGGCAAAUUUCGUGCCCCCUGUGUACAGUUCAAAUUCGGAACCCAUUGUGAGCACCAGCAUGGGUCUUGUCGUAGGAAAGCGAAUGACGAUGAAGGAAGCAAAUGUGGACGCAUUCCUCGGCAUACCGUACGCCACAGCUCCUACCGGUCACCUGCGCUUCGAAAGGCCGCGACCGCCCGCAACCUGGAAUGGAACGUACCGAGCCACAAAGAUGCCGUCUCCUUGUUGGCAGACUACGCUGCGCUUCCUUGACGGCGCGCCUCUCGACUACUACUCCAGCGCUUCCGAAGACUGCCUUUACGUAAAUGUCUGGCGACAGUCCUCAAUUUGUUCUGGUUCAACAGGAUGCGAGGCCAAGAGACCCGUAAUGGUGUUCAUCCAUGGCGGUGGAUUCACAUGGGGCGACUCGGCGCUGUUCGUUUACGAUAUGGCGAACUUUGUCUCCCUGUCUGACGUCGUGUUCGUCACGUUCAACUACAGGCUGAGCAUCCUGGGCUUCUUGUCCUCAGAAAGACCAGAACUUUCAGGCAACUUGGGCCUUUGGGACCAGAACCUAGUACUGAAAUGGGUGCGCGCCAAUAUCGCAAGCUUUGGUGGUGACCCGGACGAAGUGACGCUCAUGGGUCAAAGCGCCGGCGGUAUUAGUGUGGCUCUACACGCCGUGUCCCCGCAUAGCCAAGGGCUGUUCAAGCGAGCCGUCAUGAUGAGUGGUGCACCACUGUCAAUGAUUCUUGGCUCUCCGCACAGGGGCGAAGGGAAGUUCGUAAACAUUGUAAGUACCUUGGGCUGUUACGACUUCAAAAGAACCCUGGACGACCAGCUUCGUGACGCAGUGGCGUGCUUAAAAAGAUUAGACGCCCAUUUCAUCUUCAAGACACUGGAAGGUGAAGACCCUAUGGUGCAAGUGUUCGUGCCUACGUUCGGCGACGAUUUUUUCCCCGAGAGCCCAUUUUCGGAAGAUACAUGGAAGAAUAUUCCCAUCAAGGAAAUUUUGCUCGGAAAUGUGUUAAACGAGGGAACGCUGCUUUUGGACAAUUUAGAAUACGCAUCUCCGCGAUUUCGUGCGAUACUGUCUGCAGACUACAGACUUGCCAUUACGCUGGCUAUGCAGCCCAUGUUUGGCAUAUCCGUGUCACAGGCGAGGCACAUAGUCGAAGCGUACUUUGGAGAUCCGGAAAUUGAGCACACUCAGCAACAAGUCAGAAAGCUAUUCAGCGAGCUGCUGGGAGAUGCUGUAUUUGACUGUCCCAUUCAACUUAUGAGCGAAUUAACGUCUCAGCAAGGAAUGAACACGUAUCGCUAUUUAUUCGCUCACCGCGGAUCGUACAGCUUUUGGCCGGAGUGGAUGGGCGUCGCUCACUCAGAAGAAACUAUGUACAUGCUCGGAUCGCUCCCUUUCGUGAAUGACACAGCCCACAAAAUCGAAGCAAUGGCAGGAGUAUCAGCUGAGAUGAUGAUGGCGAAGAACUACACGACCAAAGAAGAGAAGAUGAUGGAACAUAUCGUCAGCGCUGUUUCCUGCUUCGCCAAGUCUGGGAAACCGGUGAUUCCUCAUUCGAAUGUCGACUGGCCCGAGUACACAAUAGACAAUCCCCAAAUGCUCGUGCUCAAGCCCAACAACUACACCGUCAUCCGAGAGAUGAAGCGAGAACGUUGCAAGUUUUGGAAACCACUGCUCUACAAAAGCGACGACUCCUUAAAGACUAGGAAAGCGCCGAGCACCAGCGCUAAGCCCACCAAGCCGAGUAUGCGCACGUCCACGAAGAAGAAAAUAUCGGGCCUUGGCAAAGAGAACAUCGCGUCUGCGUCUCCAGCGAUAAUCCACUCAUCUCACGUGUUUACAUCCAUGUUUUUAACGUGUUUGUUAAUCUGUUUUUGAUGCGAGGACCUUCCACAGCUGAAGACAGGUGUGAAUACUUCGCUGAUGUACUUUAAAAGAUGUAUAUGUACUUUUUCUUUCAUUUCUGAGAGUGACUGCCGACGCGAUGAUAGUGGGUGGGGUUAAGAGCAAGUUGUCAACACUGCUCGAAAGAUCCAAGAUAAUAUCACUCAGUGGUCAGAGGAAAUGUUUCAUGUUGUAUUUCUUAAAAAUAUUUUUUUUUCAUGGCAAAAGAAUCGAGACCCACACUCUGACGUGGUUCCCUGCUCACAUGGUAUCCAUCAUGGGAGGCCUCACAAACCUCAACGAGCUGGCCCACUCCAAGGCGCGGGGUCUCGCUUUCCGCGACCAUGGAGAACUCCAACGCCGGCCCGCAGUGGCGAAGAACAGAGAUCAACCAACCACAUACUAUAAAAUUAGGCAGCACUUUAACUUGGCAGGAGAGACUUUCCUCUUCCUCACAAGAAGUUAAAUAGAGCGUCGGCAUUGACCCUCAGAUUAUUGCAAACAGGCUCGUAUGCCAGCCCGGCUUUAUUCCACAAGCUUUAUCCGGACACUUAUGCCACUAGUUCUUGCAGGCACUGCAAUGACUUCGCUAGCGUGGACCAUAUGCUCUGGCGUUGCCCCACGUUACGAGGCACAGAACAAACCAAUGAGGACAAGUGGCUCGGCACUAUCAAGAGCCCGGAUGCCGGGGCGCAACUACGGGCUCUUCAGCGCGCCCACGAUGCGGCGGUCGGGCAUGACCUGACUGUCCCAACGUGGAAGCGGCCCGCAGCGCGCUGUGUCGCGCACCUCAGGACCUUCAUUAAAAUUUUGCAUCCAUCCAUCCAUCCAUCCAUCCAUUUGAAGAAAGCUG